AUGCCCUAUGUUGACUUCAAGCAAAGAUACGCUGUGCUUGCUGCCGAUGUCGCUAAGAAAGCAAAGACGGAAAAGGAAGCUGGUGAGGGAAUCGCGGCCGCUCUCACUGCCAAGGGUUCCAUUAAAAAUGAAGACUUCCAAUGUGGACUUACCAAGGUCUUUUUCAAAGCCGGUGUGUUGGCCCAUCUCGAAGAGCUUCGCGACCAAGCACUUUCGGUAAUCAUCACGAAAUUCCAAUGCGCCUGUCGACACUACCUGGCCAUGUGCGAUUACAAGAGGAAGCUCGACCAGAAAGUUGGUCUCAUCAUCGUGCAACGCAAUGUGCGUGCAUGGUGUACGCUUCGUACAUGGCAUUGGUUCAAACUUUACGGUCAAGUGAAACCGCUCAUCAAGGGCAACAAAAAGGAUGAGGAAAUGGAAGCACUGGCGAAGAAACUCAAAGAAGUUGAAGAGAGUCACCAGGCAGAAGAGCGCAGACGUAAAGAGCUCGAAGCGGAAAACGCUCGUCUCCAGGCACGUGGGGCAGAAAAACAAGCUGUGCUGCUACAGCUGGAGCAAGAACGAGAUGGAAACGCAGAAAUUGAAGAGCGCAGUGCGAAACUGCUCGCUCAGAAAGCUGACAUCGAAAAACAGAACGCCGACCUGAACGAUCAACUAGCCGAUCAAGAAGACCGUAACGCAGCACUUGCCAAGGCGAAGAAGAAGGAUGAAAUUGCAUCCCAGGAUGAAAUCAUUUCCAAAAUCAACAAGGAGAAGAAAUAUCAGGAGGAGGUGAACCGGAAACUUCUCGAAGAUAUGCAAGCACAAGAGGACAAGCUAAAUCACAUGAACAAGAUCAAAGCGAAACUGGAAUCAACCCUGGACGAGAUCGAGGACACCUUAGAACGCGAGAAACGAAAUCGUCAGGAUGUGGAGAAACAGAAACGGAAACUCGAAGGAGAGCUGAAGAUCGCUCAGGAGACAAUCGAAGAGAUCACACGUCAAAAGCAUGACCAGGAGAAUAUUAUCAAAAAGAAAGAUACCGAGAUACACACACUGACGUCACGUUUAGAAGAUGAGCAGUCGUUGGUUGCCAAGCUUCAACGACAAAUCAAGGAACUUCAAUCGCGCAUUCAAGAGUUAGAAGAAGAGCUCGAAGCCGAACGUCAGGCUAGAAGCAAGGCUGAGAAAGCCAGGUGUGAGAUGCAAAUGGAGCUUGAAGAGCUCGGUGAUCGGCUAGAUGAAGCAGGAGGUGCGACCCAGGCUCAAAUGGAACUCAACAAGAAGCGCGAAGCCGAGCUGGCUAAACUCCGUCGCGACCUUGAAGAAGCAGCUAUCAAUAGCGAGACAGCUAUGGCAGCGCUCCGAAAGAAGCACACUGAAGGCAUAGCCGAAAUCACUGACCAGCUCGAUAUAGUGCAGAAAAUGAGAGCGAAGCUCGAAAAGGAUAAAGCGCAGCAGCAGCGCGAAAUAGAAGAGCUACAGUCUGCUGUCGAUAGUGAAGCAAAACAGAGACAGAAUAUGGAACGUCUUGCUAAGCAGCUUGAAGUUCAACUCACGGACAUGACGCUAAAGAGUGACGAACAGGCUCGUAGCAUCCAAGAGCUGACCAUGUACAGAGGAAAACUGCAGGGUGAAAACAGCGAGCUUAACAGGCAAUUGGAAGAUGCUGAGUCACAACUAAACGCUCUCAGUCGUAUCAAACAGCAGCUUCACGCCCAGGCUGAAGAAGCUCGCAAACAAAUUGAACAGGAAACUAGGGAAAAGCAAGGGCUCCAAAUGCAGUUAUCCAAUUAUCAAUUGGAAUGUGAGCAACUGCGAGAAGCCCUGGAAGAGGAACAGGACACAAAAACUGAGCUGCAGCGCCUGAUUAGCAAAGCAAAUGCGGAAACACAACAAUGGCGUGCAAGGUUUGAGGGCGAAGGUAUGAAUAGAGCUGAAGAGUUAGAAGAGGCCAGACGGAAACUAGCCAACAAGGUGCAAGAGGUUCAGGAACAGCUGGAAAGCGCGAAUCAGAAGAUCAGUUCACUGGAAAAGACCAGACAGAGGCUUGUUCACGAGUUGGAGGAUGCACAGGUCGACGCGGACCGAGCGAAUGCGAUGGCUAGCUCAUUAGAGAAGAAACAAAAGGGUUUCGACAAAAUUAUUGACGAGUGGCGAAGAAAAUGCGAGGCGCUUGUGCAGGAGGUGGAAUCCAGUCAACGCGACACUCGUGCCGCAGCUACAGAAGCGAUGCGACUCCGUAAUCAGCUUGAAGAAGCUUCUGAACAGGUCGAUGCUGUUCGUCGUGAGAACAAGUCGCUUGCCCAGGAACUCAAAGACAUCACUGAUCAACUUGGUGAAGGUGGCAAGAGCGUGCACGACCUUCAGAAAGCAAGAAGACGUCUGGAGCUCGAAAAGGAAGAAUUGCAGCAAGCACUGGAUGAAUCUGAAGCUGCUCUAGAAGCGGAGGAAUCGAAAGUUCUUCGAGCACAAGUAGAGAUAUCACAAGUUCGAUCUGAAAUAGAAAAACGUCUCCAGGAGAAGGAAGAAGAGUUUGAGAACACCCGCAAGAAUCAUCAUCGAGCAUUGGAAAGCAUGCAGGCCUCUCUAGAAAGUGAGUCGCGUGGUCGUGCGGAGCUACUGAGAAUGAAGAAGAAACUGGAGGCCGAUAUAAACGAGUUGGAGAUCGCCUUAGACCAUUCCAAUAAAGCUAAUGCGGAUGCACAGAAAAACCUCAAACGAUAUCAAGACACUACCAGAGAACUUCAGCUACAAGUAGAGGAGGAGCAGCGGUCAAGAGAUGAAGCACGUGAGCAGGUGCUGGUUGCAGAACGGCGCGCUCAAAUAGCUCAACAGGAGAAAGACGAACUGGUCGUAGCCUUUGAGCAGGCCGAACGAGCUCGCCGUCAAGCUGAGUUCGAAUGCGCAGACAGCAAAGAAACCGCGAGCUCCUUAUCAAACACUAAUGCUGCACUCAGUGCCCAAAAACGGAAGCUGGAGGGCGAGAUUCAGCAACUCCAGUCAGAAAUGGAAGAUGCUCUUAACGAAUUGAAGAAUGCCGAUGAACGUGUCAGAAAGAGCGCUGUUGAAACAGGAAGGCUCACCGAUCAAUUGCAAGCUGAACACGAGCAAAUCCAGAGUCUUGACAAAGUUCGAAAAGCAUUAGAAUCGCAAUUAAAGGAAAUGCAAGCACGUCUUGAGGAAGCUGAGGCGCAGUCAAUGAAAGGAGGGAAGAGGGCGCUAGCAAAACUGGAUGCAAAAUGUCGUGAAUUAGAGUCCGAACUGGAAGCGGAGAGCCGUCGGCAUGCCGAAGCAGUGAAAAACCUACGGAAUAAAGACAGAAGAUGCAGAGAGCUUCAAUUCCAGGCCAGAAUAGUGGAUGAGGAUAAAAAGUCUUCAGAGCGCAUGUACGAUCUUGUCGAAAAACUACAACAGAAGAUCAAGACCUAUAAGCGUCAAGUUGAGGAUGCGGAAGGCUUAGCUGCGCAAAAUCUAGCUAAAUACCGCCAACUCCAACAUGCUCUCGAAGAUGCCGAAGAACGUGCCGAUGCAGCAGAAAAUGCAUUAGCUAAAAUGAGGCUAAAGAAUCGAAGUGGCUCGUACAGAACACUCUCACAUUCGGUAAGAAUGGAAUAUAUUCGAAGUUCGUAA